GUAUCCUUCAGCACUGUAGUGUUAACACAGCCAGUGUCAAACUGUAGGAAUAGAAGCUGCAGCAUGGAAAUGCUUCCUCUAAACAGUCACCUGUCUUCAGGUGUGCUGCUCCUUGUAGUCAUACUCUUAAACUACACAGGUAGAUACGACGGAUCCAACAUUGCUUGGACAGGAAGAGGAACAACUGCAAACUUAGAAGAAAUCGUGAUCGGGAGAUGCAACGACUACAUUGGAUUAAAAAAUCCGGCAGCAGGGAAGAAGAAUUGUACACUGCUGUGGCAAACCUUGAAGAGUGUGUUUGCUUCCAAAGACCCCUGUAAAAUUACACAAGACGACUACAAACCAUUUCUGACCAUGGCUGAACAUGAUAUCCCAUCCGGCAAGAGCAUAUUUUGGAGUCAGACAGGAGAACUCACUCGUCAGUAUGCUGAUAUUGUCAAGAAUGUUAUGCCUCUGGAGUCGACCCUGACAGGUUAUAUGCUGAAUGGUUUGAAUUGGUGUGGGCAGCGCUCUAGUUCAGAACUGAAUUAUGAAGUUUGCCCAGCAUGGAAUGAAUGUGAAGAAAAUGCUGCAAAAUCCUUUUGGAGAUCAGCGUCGGUAGUUUAUGCAAAAAAAGCCAGUGGAGAGGUAAAGGUGGUACUGAAUGGAUCUUCGCAAACAAGAGCUUUCAGAACUGAAAGCAUUUUUGGUAGCAUUGAACUUGGAAAUCUAGACACCAAUCGGAUUUCUUCAAUCCAACUCUGGAUCAUGGAUAACCUUUCCGGGUCUGAUAAGGAAUCCUGCGGUGUUGGGAGUAUUGCACAAUUAGAAAUCGCUUUGAAACACAAGGGUUUCAAAUUCUCCUGCAUUGAUAAUUACAGGCCUGUCCAACUCAUCCAAUGUAUUUGGAUGCCUGAACACAAAUCCUGCAAUAUCUGCCCAAAGAACUGACAUCCACGGAGAAUACUUUUCUCUGCCAUUCCAAUUCUACGGUCAAAAAUACAAGAGAAAGCUAGAAAGAUAGCGAUCCAUCCAAUUGUGAUUCGUCUGCAUUGUAUAACCUGAAAAUUAGAGUGUAAUUCUGAGAGUAUUAUUUCCUAUACACUUCUGGGGGAAAAAAGCAAAGCUACAAGGUAAGAAUGAUCAUCUGACAGGGAAAUAAUCCAGAGAAGGAUUGUGUUGCAUUGAGGUUUGCACGUAGGGGUGAAAAUCGGUGAAAUAUUUACAUGUGUCCAUUUGUACUUCCAGCUAAUAAACUUGUAUUUUCAGUUAAA